AUGGGAGACCAGAAGGCUCUGCGUCAGGCGAUGGUCACCGCCGACGUACUGGAGCAGGAGAAAACGGCCACACGACUGCAAAUGGAGACGUUGAACAUUAUCGCCGGGGCCACGGAGACAACGGCACGGGCCCUGGCGGUGGGAGUGUCCCACGUAGCACAUAAGCCGUCCCUGCUGCUCCAACCGCGCGACGAGCUUCGGACUGUGAUGCCGCUUCCUGACAGCCCGGCUUCCUGGACACAAUUGGAGCAGUUGCCAUACUUGGCCGGCGUUGUGAAUGAAAGCCUUCGGUUGUUCUUUGGCUUCAUCAAUCGAUCUGCACGCGUUUACCGAACGAUCCUCUGGUGUACAAAGGCCUUGUCAUCCCCCAAGGCGCCAGUCUUCCGCCUUCUUUGCACUCCGAUCAGCCAAAGCCCCUAUUUCGUAUGCAUGGGCCCCUCGAGUUUCCCACAUCCGGAGGAUUCCAACCCGGAUCGCUGGGUGCAGGCCGCCCGCGACGGGAUCAAUUUGCAUCGGUAUCUGAUUGUCUUUAGCAAAGGCAGUUGGCAUUGCCUCGGCAUCAAUUUCGCUGUAGCAGAAAUCUAUCUAGCCAUCGCCACCGUCGCGAGACGCUUCAACUUGGUCUCCUACCAGAUGACAGUCGAGCAGUUGCAGAUGAAGCGUGAUCUCGGCUUCGCCGCACCGGAAACGGGACUCUUCACCGUCCGGGCCAAGUCCGAAGCAUGUCGAUGCCCUGCGAUUAUCUUCUCGGCCGAUCUUCCGGCGACCGUCGUAGAUAUGCCGUUGCUGUGUGCGUAUGUUAUUCGCCAAUGUAGUGAUAAUCGUUCUGGAAUGGCCGGGGUGCAUACGAGUAGCGUGCAUUCCACCUGCCAACUCCAUCCCCAGCGAGAUCUGCAGGAGGUCCAGCGCAAGGGACCAGAAUUGUGGCUCAAUGCCAACAAUGAGGUCGAAGAGGUUGCAGGGGACCGUCCUCACGUGGCAGCACUGCAGGGGUGCGGUUGA